CUAGUUAAGUUAUGUUUGUUCGAAUGUACCUCUCAGUGAAAAGAGUAUUGGAAGAAAAAUUACACGAAACCUCUGGGCAGGAGAAGAGUUAUUUUAGGAUUCUAUUCACAAAUUUCGCGAUUGCAAUAAAGUCAAUCAGCAAUGGAAGCUUUCAAGCUGCUGUUCAUUUGCUUUGGAUUCGCCACGACAGUCGACAUUACUGUGAAAGUUCGAUUCAGGGGCAGUGCAGUUAUGACGCCAUACCAAUAUGAGGAAACGACCACGGCAAAGAAUGAGAAAGAAUUGAGAGAGAAAUUGGCUGAUAAGCUUGAAAACGCUUUACUGGACAAACAGAUUGAUGAGGUUACCAUAACAACCGAAGUAUUCCAUGGCCACGAGGUUCAUUCAACCCAGGUCAUCAAGUUUGACAUAACUAAUCCAAAUGAACUGGAUGGCACCACUUUCGUUACCACUACUAAUAGUGAUAACAUCACUAAAGCCGUUACGUCAUCUAGCUUCCAAACAGAGAAAAAUCGUGACGUCACAACAACGACUGUGAUCGAAAACGUGUUUACAACUCGAUCAAUCACUUCCAUUGCUUCCACUAGAUCGUUCCAGGAGUCGACUACAGUCACAGAAUGUGGCGUGGUUUACAAAUCCAAAUGUUUUCAAGCGUUCGUUUAUGAUAAAUGGAACGUUACAUUGAGCGCCGCUGAAUCUAUCUGUAAAAAUAAACUGGCUAACAUUUAUGACGUUACACACUACGACAUGCUUCGAGAAUAUUUACGACCAAUGAUCCCUGAUGGACGAUCAUGGAUUGGUGUUCGUACGGGAAUGACUUACAAGAACGGUCAGCUGUAUGCAACGACGGGCCAAGCUGUAUCUCUGCCAACUGAGGUUUGGCAUCCUAAUUAUCCAUCUUCCGCUGCAUCGUUUACAACUGCUGUUGUUGAUUUCGCUCGAAAUCCGAAAAACAAAUAUCAAGGGAUUUUUAAUGUUCUCCCUUCCAAUGUAUAUCACGGAGCCAUUUUCGACAUUACUGUGAAAGUUCGAUUCAGGGGCAGUGCAGUUAUGACGCCAUACCAAUAUGAGGAAACGACCACGGCAAAGAAUGAGACAGAAUUGAGGGAGAAAUUGACUGAAAAGCUUGAAAACGCUAUACUGGACAAACAUAUUGAUGAGGUUACUAUAAUGACCAAAGUAUUCCAUGGCAAGGAGGUUCAUUCAACCCAGGUCAUCAAGUUUGACGUAACAGAUCCAAAUGAACUGGAUGGCACUACUUUCGUUACCACUACUGACGGUGAUGACAUCACCGUUACGUCAUCUAGCUUCCAAACAGAGAAAGAUCGUGAGGUCACAACAACGACUGUGAUCGAAAACGUGUUCACAACUUGA